AUGAUACCUGCUCACUUUAAUAAUUUUACGAACCAACAAACAGGAAAUAUUUCAAAUUCAUCUUCUCCUUUAUCUACUCCACCAGUUUUCGUAUCAGCAGCAACAACAGCAACAGCAGGUUCAAACACAACUUCAGCUUCAACAUUAGCAACCAAACAAUUGUCUGGUUCCGAACUAAUACCUAAUCAUUCACAAUAUCAUCCACUUCCAUAUUUUAGUGGUAGUUUACCAAAUCUUUAUUUAAACGAUACAUCUUUACUAUAUUCACAUCUACAUCCACUCCCAAGCUUGCAUUCCAGCCAUCCUCAUGAUACAGCAAUAGGCAGUGGUAUUCGAAUGGAAAUGAUUCAACAAGCACCUCAAUGGUCUGGUGUUCCAAAGAUAAUGGCUACACAUCACCAACAACAGGCAGCUACACACCAACAACAACUGCAGCAACAUCAACAGCAGCAACAGCAGAUUCACCAUAUACCACCCGAAAUGAUGGAUCCACACCACCCUUAUUUCAUACAUCACCAACAGCAGGCAGCCGCCGCUGCAGCAGCUUCAUUACAGACUCCUGGUAGUAUACCUACUUAUUCUCUUCCACCACAGACUACCACCAAUCCGAAUUUUUCACCAUAUCAAUAUCCUGCCAAUGUUUCAUAUUGGCUGCCUCCAGGCGCAACACAUUUAAAUCUACAACAACAACAACAGCAACAGCAGCAGCAUCAUCAGGCACAGCAACAUCAUCAACAACAACAGAUGCACAGACAACAGCCAUUUUCAUUACAGGCACACUCUGCAGCUGCAUAUGCAUCCACUCCACCUCCACAACCAACCACUGCAACACCCACCGCUCAACCACUAUAUCGUAUUCCACCAAACCAACAUCAAAUUAACAAGACAGAGCCGGCUGCAUUUGUUGAUGAGGCAUCAGCUUCAUUGUCACCAGCAACCGACGAAGAAAACGAUGGUAAAACACAUAUGCAAAAAAUUGUUUCACAGUUCUACAAAACAUUGUUUCAUUAUCACCCAAACACAACAAUAAUUUCACAGGAUUUACCGCUACCACCUUCGUCGUAUGCGCCAUUUUCAAUUGUAUAUACACCAAAUAUACCCUCUAAAUUUUUACCACCUUCAUCUGCCAACACUUCAUCGUCGUCGUCUCCAGCAGAGGCUUUCGAUACCACUUCAUCAUCGUCCACCAGCACGCCAAAGACAUCAUCAGAGACUUCAAAGAAAAAGAAUGGCGAAAGCUCCUCAAAGAAAGAUUCCUCAAAGAAGGAAAAAGAAAGAGAUAAAGAGAAGAAGCAAAAGAAGAAAACAUCACCUACCACCAACAGUAUGAGUAGUAGUGGAAGUGCAAUCAUCUCAAACAUUGCUUCAACACCAACAACAACAACAAUCAGCAACAACGAUAUUUUACAUAGUAACUCUGCUCUAACACCAAAAUCGAGAUCAGAAAUGACGACGACGACAACAACAACAACAACUAAAUCGGUAGACUCUUCACCAAACAGUAGUAUUCAUAGCGAAGCAGCAACAUCUAUUCACAAAGAAUCAUCACCACCCAGUUUACUUCCAAUCGUUGUACCUCUGUCAUCUUUUGCUGCACCUCAUAGUAAACUACCUCCAACUGCAGAGGAGACUACCAAUCAGACCAAUAGCAAUAGCAAUAAUAACAGUCACAAAGAAUACCUUUCGUCAUACAGUAACUUACCAUCGAUCCAAAUCAAACCAACACAAGAGCAAUACAGUCAGAACGUAUCGAUACCAUUUAUACAACCGCCACCCAAUAUCAAGGUGCCAGAGUAUACAAUUACACCGAUUAUCGACAGUGUCGACGACAAACAAAACAAAAGUGGACUUGGAUCUUUCGAUUACUUUGAUCCUUGGGUGGACAGAAAGAACAGUAAUCCCUACUCAAUGAUGUACUUCUCAGAGCCAAGAAAGAACAGUAUUGGAGGCAUGUAUGGUCAGGAACGUAAGAACAGCUUCCUCUUCACCGCCGAUCGUAAAAACAGUGGAUCACUGCUGAGCGGCAUCGAUAUCGGUCCACCACUAGUCGAUAAUUCUUUGCCACUGCUUCACCCAUACUAUUCAAAUAGCAGGCGAUCCUCCAUGGAAAUCAAACCUCUGGCUGCAGUACUGCCUACGGACCUAGUUGAUUUGAACUUUAUUGGUAGAAAACGAUCACUCUCACAAGAUGAUAUCCAUUUCGACGAUCCACCCAACACCAAACUGAAACUAGAGUCAUCCGUUGCAACAUAA